CAAAACCCGCCUGCUAAUCACUCCGGUGUGGGAGUUGGGGUUGGGUUCGGGCGCGCAACUUUUCCUCCCCUUCUUAUUCACAUCUCCUCACCAGCAGCCGCCGGCACCACCAUCCAUCCAUCCAUCCUCUCUUCUUCCUCUGCAAAUCGAUCGCCCGGCCUUCCGGUUUGUUUGCCGCUGCAAAUCGAUCGCGCGUCGCUCGAUCGGUGCAUCUAUCGUCUCCUCCGACGUACCGUCCUCGCUGCGUACCUUCCAGUUCGUCGAUCGACAACAAGGCAGGCACCAGCGGCAAGAAGGAAUUUCAGUUAGUGCUCUAUAAUAUGAUCAGGUCGUAGUCAGAUCAUAUUGCUGCUGGUGAUCGACCGACGAUGAUGGCCGGGGCACCGCCGACGAUGCACAUCUGCAUGGACUCCGACUGGCUCAAGGGCAUCGUCGUCCCCGAGGAGCCUGGGAUGGGCGGAUCGUCGUCCUCACCGUCAGCGGAACUGAUCGCAUGCCCUAGGCCGCCCAUGCACGCCGCGGCGGCGGAUCACCGGCGUCUGCGCCCGCAGCACGACCAGCCGCUCAAGUGCCCCCGGUGCGAGUCGACGCACACCAAGUUCUGCUACUACAACAACUACAGCCUCUCGCAGCCGCGCUACUUCUGCAAGACGUGCCGCCGCUACUGGACCAAGGGCGGCUCGCUCCGCAACGUCCCGGUCGGUGGGGGAUGCCGCAAGAACAAGCGAGCCAGCGCCAAGAAGCAUCCCGCCGCGACGCCGAUGCAGCCACGGCACGUGGCGGAGACGGGCCUCCACCUGUCCUUCUCCGGCGUGCAGCUGCCGCCGCCGCCGUCCCCCGCCGCCGCGGCCGACCCGCUCUGCAGCCUCGGCCUUCUGGACUGGAAGUACGACCCGAUCCUCGCGGGUUCCGGUGGCGCCGCCGCUGGCUCGUUGGAUGGCGCGAGCUCCGAGGCGCACUUCGCUGGGGCGGGCAUGCUGGGCAUCCCAGGCGGCGGCGAGUGCUACGCGCUGAGUUCGCUCCGGUACGCGGCCGACCUGGGCGAGCACCUGCAGCUGCAGGGGCUCCCGUUCGGGCUACGUGCUGAGCAGGAAUCGAUGGAGGUGAAGGCGGCGGCGACGGAGAGGACGCUGUCGCUGGACUGGUACAGCGAGACAAGCCGCGCGCCGGAGAGCGCCCUCAGCUCGCUGGGCGCGCUGGGCCUGUGGAGCGGCAUGCUCCGCGGCGCGCACCAGCACCAUGGCUCCUCGGCGGCCAUCUAAGAUGCUGGCGAAAACGUGCCUCUUCCACUACAUGCUUGCGUUGUAUGCUAAUGGAUUUAACCAGUACGAAUGACUACGUAGGAGUGCUUGCUUUUCUUGUUGUUUUUGCCUGUUUUCAUCUUCUGUUUCCUUUCGCCCUUUUGUUUCUUGGUACUUGCUACUCGUCAUUUCAGAUAUGACGUCUCUGUUGCCACUUCAAAGUUCAACAUUACGUUUUAUCUAUGUAUUGAACUACGGAUUAUGGAACCAUGCAUAAAUAGAACUUAGAGAGCUUGGGACGAAU